UGCUGGCGCCAGAUACAUACACAGCUGGCCCGCUGGCUGAGGCCUCUCGGCCCAUCACGUCCCGGCCCAUCCCACCUUCCCGCGGCCACUCGGCCCAUCCCCUCCCGCCCGCCCGAUCCCGGCGCCGCUAGUUGUCCACUCGGCCCAUCCCCUGUCCCCUCGGCCCAUCCCCCCUUGCCUUCCACUCGGCCCAUCGAGCCCGGUCGCUCCCGGCGCAAUGCCGGCGCUGGCGUCACUCUGUCGCACCGCCCGCCCCACGUUGCGCCGCCUGGGCCUGGGCCUGGGUCCGGCCGCCUUCCCGCGGCAGCAGCAGCAACAGCAGCAACAGCAGCGCAGGGACAUGGCGGCUCUCGCCGGCGUGGCCGAUGUGGAGAUCGACUCCGACGGGGUGUUCAAGUAUAUCCUGGUGAAGCUGAGCCGCAGGGAUGGGCCGGAGCACAAGGACAUCGUGCGGGGCACCAAAAGCGCCGAGUAUCACAAUCACAUCUUUGAAAAGCUGACUUCUGAAAUGGAGAAACUGGAGCUGGAUUGCAAGUGCCUGGGUGGAGGAAAGAUUGAUCACAACAGCAAGCAGAAGAAAAUCCGAGUGUUUGGCCUUUCCACGGGUUUUGGGAAAGCAGAUCACUCCAUUUCUGUGGAAAAGUUGAAGACUGUGUACAAGGACUAUGAAAUUACCUGGUCAGACGAAACCAAAUAAAAACAACAAUUCUCUGGACUAUCCUCCAUCAAAAAGAUCAUUGUAAAACCUUGUUCAAGUCGUAUGUGUUUCUGGAUGAGUUCAAUUUAUUGGUACAAUUUAGUUGAUCUGUGAAGAUGCUCAGGGACUUUGCACACUUCGAUGGUAUUAAAAGGUGACAAUACAGAAUGUAGUUUGAAAUUCUCUGUUCAAUAAAUGGUACAUUGUGAGACUGGCUCA